AGGGAAAAGCGAAAACCCUUUGGCUUUGACAGCCGCUGCCACAAGUCUUUCCGUCUCCCCAGGCUGCCUGGGAGCUGGGAGCGGGAUUAUGGUGGCCUGAGCAGCAAACGCAGCCGUAGGAGCCCGGAGCCCCUGACCCUUCCCCUGCUGCCGCCCCGCCGGGAACACCAGGAAAGCAGCCUCCGACCUGCCAUGCCCGCCCCGCCCAGCCCCCCGGGGGGCCCGAGCCGGCCUCUCCCGGACCUCUGUUGAGGUUGGACCGCUGUCCAGAUGUAGCCAGGCGCCGGAUCCGUCUCCUCCCCUCCUGUCUCUCUGUGGAUCUCUCCUGACCGCUCCCCACAGCCUGGACCCAGGGCUGGCCGAGGGGCCUGCAGGCGCUGGAGCCCUGAUGCCUCACCGCUCACUCUCCUGAGAAGCCACCUCCAGCACCCAGAGUUGGGGUCAGGCCACAGGGACGGUCGCGGGCUGGAGUGAGCCCAGAGCGCCCCAAGGCCAGGGCCCACCAUGGCCCAAGCGCUGCCCUGGCUCCUGCUGUGGAUGGGCUCUGGGGUGCUGCCUGCCCACGGCUCCCAGCCUGGCAUCCGGCUGCCCCUGCGAAGCGGGCUGGGGGGCGCCCCCCUGGGGCUGCGGCUGCCCCGGGAGACCAACGAGGAGCCCAGCCGGAGGGGCAGCUUUGUGGAGAUGGUGGACAACCUGAGGGGCAAGUCCGGUCAGGGCUACUACGUGGAGAUGACCGUGGGCAGCCCCCCACAGACGCUCAACAUCCUGGUGGACACAGGCAGCAGUAACUUCGCAGUGGGGGCCGCCCCCCACCCUUUCCUGCACCGCUACUACCAGAGGCAGCUGUCCAGUACAUACCGGGACCUCCGGAAGGGCGUGUACGUGCCCUACACCCAGGGCAAGUGGGAGGGGGAGCUGGGCACCGACCUGGUGAGCAUCCCCCAUGGCCCCAACGUCACCGUGCGUGCCAACAUCGCCGCCAUCACUGAAUCAGACAAGUUCUUCAUCAAUGGCUCCAACUGGGAGGGCAUCCUGGGGCUGGCCUACGCUGAGAUCGCCAGGCCUGAUGACUCCCUGGAGCCAUUCUUUGACUCGCUGGUAAAGCAGACCCACGUGCCCAACCUCUUCUCCCUGCAGCUCUGUGGUGCUGGCUUCCCCCUCAACCAGUCGGAAGUGCUGGCCUCAGUUGGAGGGAGCAUGAUCAUCGGGGGGAUCGACCACUCGCUGUACAUGGGCAGCCUCUGGUACACACCCAUCCGGCGGGAAUGGUAUUACGAGGUGAUCAUUGUGCGGGUGGAGAUCAAUGGACAGGAUCUGAAAAUGGACUGCAAGGAGUACAACUAUGACAAGAGCAUCGUUGACAGCGGCACCACCAACCUUCGUUUGCCCAAGAAAGUGUUUGAAGCUGCUGUCAAAUCCAUCAAGGCAGCCUCCUCGACGGAGAAGUUCCCAGACGGUUUCUGGCUCGGGGAGCAGCUGGUGUGCUGGCAAGCAGGCACCACCCCGUGGAACAUUUUCCCGGUCAUCUCACUCUACCUAAUGGGUGAGGUCACCAAUCAGUCCUUCCGAAUCACCAUCCUUCCACAGCAAUACCUGCGGCCAGUGGAAGAUGUGGCCACGUCCCAAGACGACUGUUACAAGUUCGCCAUCUCACAGUCAUCCACGGGCACCGUCAUGGGAGCCGUUAUCAUGGAGGGCUUCUACGUUGUCUUUGAUCGGGCCCGGAAACGAAUUGGCUUUGCUGUCAGUGCUUGCCAUGUGCACGAUGAGUUCAGGACAGCAGCGGUCGAAGGUCCUUUUGUCACGCUGGACAUGGAAGACUGUGGCUACAACAUCCCCCAGACAGACGAGUCGACCCUCAUGACCAUAGCCUACGUCAUGGCUGCCGUCUGCGCCCUCUUCAUGCUGCCCCUCUGCCUCAUGGUGUGUCAGUGGCGCUGCCUCCGCUGCCUGCGCCAUCAGCAUGAUGACUUUGCUGAUGACGUCUCCCUGCUGAAGUGAGGAGGCCCACGGGCAGAAGAGAGAGAUCCCCCUGGACCACAGCUGGUGGUUCGCUCUGGUCACGAGGAGGAAACACAGAUGGCACCUGGGGCCAGAGCACCUCAAGACCCUCACCCACCCACAAACGCCUCUGCCUUGACAGAAAAGGAAAAGCUGGCAAGGUGGGUUGCAGGGACUGCACCUGUAGGAACCAGGAGAGGGAAGAAAGAAGUGCUCUGAUGGCGGGAAUCCUCUUGGUCACCUCAAACUUGAGUUGGGAGAGUCUGCUGCUUGAAACUUCAGCCCUGAACCUUUGUCCACCAUCCCUUUAGAUUCUCCAACCCAAAGUAUUCUUCUUUUCUUAGUUCCAGAAGGAAGGUGACCCCAGCGUGUGUCUCUGCAGUACCCUAGCAGAGAAAGGGCCAAUCUUGUUUCCCUGCUGGCCACAGUCAGCGGGAACGGACGCACCGUUUGCUGUUUGCUUUAGAGAUCGGGACUGUAUAGGCAAGCCUACAACACUGGUGCAAAGACUGGCUCUUGAAUUAAAAAAUAAUUUAAAAAUAA